AUGGACCCAACUCCAUGCGAUAGAACAGAAAAAUCGCUAGGAUUUAUUUUUACUUCUGUAAUUCAAGUGACUGCAGAAGGCUUAGUGUUUUACUUUAUUAAUGCAAGUUCACAUUUAAUAAACCAUUUAAACACUAAUUGUAAACAAUUUGCAAUAAGACACAAAAUUAUUAAAUGUUAUCAAAUUUCUUUUGAAUUAAAAACAAAAAUUGAAGAAAUUGUUGGCUUUUAUAUUUUUGUUAAAAUCACACAUAUUGUAAUUGAAGUAGCAACCAUGAUUUAUUCAUUUUGUGAAGACAUUCAUGUUGAUUAUUACUCCCAAAAAAAUAUUCUUUUUGUGCUAAAUGGUUAUUGGAUGGUUCAAAUUAUAUUUCAAAUAAUGUUUUUAACUUAUUCAGUUACACAUUUUUGUAAUAAAGUUGCAAAUAUAGUUGAUUUAUUUGAAGAUAUUACAACCAAUAAUGACAACGAAAAUGAUAAUAAUGUAAAAAGAUUCUUCCUACAGGUUUACACAUUACCCCAAAAAUUUACAGCACACGGAUUAUUUGUUCUUGAUUGGUCACUACUUUAUUUUAUGACUGGAUCAGUUACCUCGCAUUUGAUUUAUUUGAUACAAUUUAAACAAACAUCAAGUUAA